GUUUGACUUUGUUUGUAUGCUCUUGAACGAGGUAGAAUUUGUUAAAACCCAUGGAUCUUGUGUAACGACACGCACGAGGUACUACAUUAGGAAGGAGCAACUUGCCCACCCCAUAGACAGGCAGCUACACCACGUGAACAACGUUAACCUAUACCAUAUGAACAAGAG